AACGAUGUCGGUAUUGCGACUAGGUAUGUGUACAGCUUUAGAUCAGGAUAACUUAGACAAAUUAAAGUUGAAGAAUAUCAACAAGGCCACAGAUUUCAUCAGCAAAGACCCAGAAGAAAUUGCGGAGCUUUGCAGCAUACCAUACAAGGAUGCUGUUGCCAUUCGAAAGAUUCUAUUAGCCCAGUACUCGGCUGUACCUAUCAACGGUAAACAAUUGUACACACGUGUCGUGGAAUCGUCGUGUAUUUUAUCGACAGGAUGUGAAAGACUAGACGCCAUUCUCGAUGGCGGGCUAUAUACUGGAGAAGUAACGGAGGUUUGUGGGGGUGUGGCGGCAGGUAAAACUCAGAUAUGUAUGAGUGUCUGUGCCGGUGUCAUUUCGAAGGAAGAUCAGACGGCUGUGUGUAUCGAUACCAACUGUUCCUUCUCCGCACGACGCCUCGAGCAGAUGAUGGCAGAUGACGUCGACAAAGAUAACGCCCUCUUCAGAGUUCACGCGUACGAUGCCUUCACUUACCACGAAGUUUUAGAAGUUCUGGAGACUUUAAAGUCAGAUCUGAAGAAAGGGGACGACCCUUUUUGCACGUCCUUACGUCUGCUUGUUGUGGACAACGUAGCGUCAGUCAUCUAUCCAUCUUUGGGUGGCGGAUUCUUUGCUGACAACCAAGGGGGAAUAACUCGAUUGGGAUUGACUCUGAAAUCUAUUGCUUCAGAAUUUUCUAUCGCAGUUCUGAUAUCGAAUAAUAAUGUGACAGGCGAGGGCGGGGCCAAGGUCGCCUCUCUGGGUCGCCAAUGGUCACAAAUACCACACGUGCGCUUCAUGCUCGAUGGUGGCGAAGAAACCCAAGAUGAGAGAAGCGCCAGUGUUAUAAAAAACACAAGAGGGGCGAUAGGAGCUUGUACCAAAUUCUCCAUCACAGAAAACGGUCCUCUCAGAUGACAGGAUAAAUUUGAUGAACAGUUUACCACAGAUAACAUGGGGGGUUCUAUUUGUUUGACAAGGGAUUAUGACUUGGAUUCCAUAAUAUACAAAGGAAAGCUUAUUCAAGACGUAUAUAUACCUGUCAUUGUUUAAUUUUAAACAUAGUUGUCAAUGAGCGAAGUAAAAAAUGUUCACAACAGACAUCUAUACAGGUGUGAACAUGCCCUGACUCAUUUUAGAGCUACAUGUAUACAAUCAUACGAGUACUGCCGCCAUUGAUAUAACGUGAUAUAAUGCUGGUACAGACUGGUGACGGUGUAUUUUAUCUAUCACGGUUUUCCAAACGACGGUCACGAGGCCGCAUGAACUUUAGUCAAACUCGUUUUGUUCAAGUCAUUAGGGUCCUGGGAAAUGCUUCGAGAUAACGAGCAUUCGGUAUAAGCAAUAUAUAGAAAGUGUAAAACUAAACCGAAAAAUGUCGAAAGGAGUAACGACAUUACCCAAUCAUCGAGGUAAUAGAUUUCGACAUAACGAGUGUAAAUCUUGUACACUGGAAUUGUUGUGUCAUUUUAUUUUCAAUGUUCAUGGAUUAUUCAA